GCUUCUUAAUUAGAGCUUUGGUUUUGGUCUCUUUCUUUCAUUAUCUUACCCUUUAUUAAGAAACCUUGCCAAUAAGAUAUGGGGCUUGCGGUACUAGAAAACCACGUUGGUAUUCUUUGUGUGAUUUGCAUGGUACUGCUCUUGCCUAUUCUAUGUGCCUCUCAUGACAUUUUUACUUACUCGUCAAGAGCAACCUACUACGGUAGUGGUAACAGCCAUAAGACUCCAAGUGGAGCAUGUGGGUUUGGGGAAUUCGGAAGGACUGUCAAUGAUGGCAGCGUGACUGGAGUCUCUAAGCUGUAUAAGAAUGCAACUGGUUGUGGUGCAUGCUAUCAGGUUAGGUGCACAACAUCACAAUAUUGCAGUGAGGGUGGAGUGAACGUGGUGGUGACAGACUACAGUGAAGGUGACAACACUGACUUCGUACUAAGCUCCCGAGCCUACAAAAGAUUGGCACACCCUGGAACCAAAGGGGCCAAGGAGUUGUUUGCUCGUGACGUGAUCGACGUAGAAUACCGAAGGGUCUCGUGCCGCUAUCCUGGUUACAACCUUAUGUUCAAGGUCCAUGAGAAAAGCAAAUAUCCUAAUUAUCUAGCUAUAGUGCCUAUAUAUGUAGCCGGGAAAAAUGACAUCACAGCCAUCGAAUUGUGUCAGAAAGAUAGCAAACAAUGGAGGGGCAUGCAUAAAGCCUUCGGGGCAGUGUGGGACAUGUCUAAUGAGGUACCAAGUGGUCCAAUAAAAUUAAGGUUUAAAGUGAGGGGCAGCGGUUGGAUGGAAUCCAAAAAUAAUCUACCUGCUUUGUGGAAAUCUGGGGUUGCUUAUGACUCAGAAAUUCAGCUCUAAAUUAAUUAGGAAGCUCUUUCAAUUUUAAUAAUAUUUUGAUGUUUUAUUAGAAAGAAGUAUGAUAAUUGCAUGGGUUACUAUGUAAUUGAUUAUUAUUUUCUAUCUAGUUACUAGGGUAUUGUAUUGUAUAGUAUGCUAUGCUUUGUGAAGUGUUCUUGGUCAUGUUGCAAUAUAAAUAAUAGGCCAGGUUAAUG